AUGUCAAAUAACGUGGCCUCCGUAUACCGAGCAGUCAUUGACGAUGUGAUCCAAAAUGUGAGCAAGGACUUUGAAGAUAUGGGUGUCGACCAAUCCGUACUGUCGGAGCUAAAACGCUCAUGGGAACAGAAAGUGGCUAGUUCUCGGGUAGCUAACUGGCAGGCUGGAGAAGCUUUUUAUGCAGAGGCUAUUGCUGAUGAUGCUUUGAGGAAGUACCAACAAGUCCAAGAUCACGAAACGACUACAGCGGCGGCUAAUCUUGCAACGCUUGCUACUGGUACCUCGAUGAUUGGGGCGGACAGUGGAAAUGGAUUGGGUAAACCGCAACAAUAUAUUGUACAAAAGAACACUGGUCAUUCCCAGGCACAACCAAAUCCUGGUCAUCCAAACGGUAUCUUGUUGCAGGAUGGUGCCGCGAUGAUUGCGCCACAAAAUGCUGAGGCUGCAGAUAAGAAGAUGUAUUAUGAUCUUCCGAAGCCACCAUCUCAGGAUAUCGGCUCAUCGACAAUAUUAUCAGCCGCCAGCUCAUCCAAUUUUGUUUCUGCCGAUGUUAACACGAAAUCUUACGUUUCGGCACCUGACCACAACGUGAAAGCACACGUUCCUGCAAGCGAAUUCGACGUAAAAUCCAACUACGCCGUCCAGCCUGCUCCGGCUACGGUACUGCCAAGCGGCAAGCGACGACAUGGAACUCGAAACGGAAACGAUGAUGAUAUCAAUUCGGAUCUUGACGAUUCGGAGGAUGACGAGGGAGCUGCAGAUGGGGAAGAAUCGCAGAACAUCAUUCUAUGUUUAUAUGAUAAGGACGAUACCGUCGUAGCAUUCAGAGAUCUAAGCCCGGCUGCAGAAACUCAUCUUCUAGUCAUACCAAAGGCACAUUAUAAGAAUUACCGAGCGUUAAACAAGGAACAUGUCGAGCUCGUGAAACACAUGAAACAAGUCGCGUUGCAGACUAUGAGAACGAUAACGGCAACGAAAUCAGAUGAUGAAGCUGGAUUACUGGUUUGUCGUUCCGUUAUUCAACACUGUUCCUCAUAUUCAUCUGCAUGUAUUAACGCAACCGGUUCAGACUUGGUGGCCGCGUUCGAUGGUUUUCACGAGAUAUUUGUUCAAGACGGUUGA